AUGGACUCUCUCUGCAAGGACCACUUCCUGCAGCGGCAGUAUCGAAAACUUGACGGUGGCGUGCUGUGGUCCCGCAACGAGAGGAACCUGGACUGCACUGUCACCUUCCAGACGCACAGCAUUCUGCAGCGGUUUAUGCUGCACUUUGAGCUGCUACAGCUCGACUGCAAUGAUCACCUCUAUGUCUACGAUGGCGCACACGCCACUGCACCUCCUAAGGCAGACCUGUCCUGCCGCAACACGAAGCAGCAGGUGGGCGCGCUGUUCACGCGCAGCAACUUUGUCACCCUCAAGUACGUGACCGACAACUGGGGCACCGACGCCAAUGGGUUCAAACUGGUUAUCACUUCCGUCAAAGACCCUAAACACGGGUGCAAGGAGUUCCGGUGCAAGCAGCGGGAGUUCUGCGUAAGCGCAGACCUCACCUGUGACGGCGUCGACCAUUGCGCAGACGGAUCUGAUGAAGAUACCGCUGCGUUAUGCCCCGAGAACGGCAGUGGUGGUAGCAGCGAGGCGUGGAUGGUGGUGGCUGGUGGCGCAGCAGCAUUACUAGUGCUUUUAAUAGCUGCCUUGCUGUGCUGCUAUUGUCGUCGAAGGGCACCCAACCGCCGAACACACCUACAUUUAGAACAAAUGGCGAGCAGUAACGGCGCGGGAAAGGCCGUGCCGAGCUCGCCCGGCAGCACCACGCGACUGCCGGGAAACUGGGCGCACCCUGCGGGCCCGCGCGGGUACAGGGCGGCGCGCCCGGGCCGCCUGCGGGCGCGGGCGCAGCGCUGA